AUGACCGGAGGAGGUGAUGGCGAACUCAAGCUGCUGGGCAUGUGGGCGAGCCCGUUCGUCCUGCGGGUGAAGCUCGCGCUCAGCUUCAAGGGCCUGAGCUACGCGUAUGUAGAGGAGGCCCUCUUCGGCAGCAAGAGCGAGCUGCUCCUCAAGUCCAACCCGGUGCACAACAAGGUGCCCGUUCUUAUCCAUAAUGGCAAGCCUGUUUGUGAGUCACAGAUCAUCGUGCAGUACAUCGAUGAGGUCUAUACUGGCACAGGCCCCUCCCUCCUCCCAGCUGACCCCUACGAACGUGCCAUGGCGCGAUUCUGGGCCACCUUCAUUGACGACAAGCUCCUGGCCUCAUGGGUGCAGGCUAGCAGGGGAAAGACUAUGGAGGAGAAGAUGGAGAGGUUGAAGCCUACGUUCGCGGCGAUCGAGACUCUAGAGGCUGCCUUCGGGCAGUGCUCCAAGGGGAAGCCCUUCUUCGGCGGAGACAGCGUCGGGUACUUGGACGUCAUGCUUGGCGGCCUAGUGGCAUGGGUUCAUGCCUCCAGAGCGCGCCAUGGUUUGGAGCUCUUUGAUGCCUCCAGGAGCCCACUGCUAAACGCAUGGGUGGAGCGCUUCAGUGUGCUGGAUGAGACGAGGGCGGUCCUGCCGGAUAUUGACAGGCUAGUCGAGUACGCCAAGAUAAGGGAGGCCCAGGCUGUAGACGCGAAUUGA